AUGAAAGAGAUAACAGGGCAUCCUUCUAUAUUGAAUAUCAUCACCGAAAUCCUCUUAAACAUAACGAAUGACUAUAUCCCUAAUUCUGCGGAAUGGCGCAUUGUAGACAACAAGUUUAUGGAAAAGGCUAUUUCGUACUAUUUACAGGCCCGUAAGAGAUUGAAUGAUGUCCCUACACUUUUUAUCGUAUGCAACGAAUCUGUCCAGAAUUCUGUCCUAAAAAAGUUGAGAAAGUGUGAUGAUUUGCCGUGUUAUCAAGCCAUUUCGGAUUUUUGGGCAGAAAAAUGCUAUAUUAUGGACAAUAAUUGCAUGCAAGGUUGCAUUUCUGAAUAUACCGAAUUAGAUCCAUUUGCUGCUUUCGGUUUGUUUACGACAAAUCAGACUACACCCAUUGAUAUAGUGCCUAUAAACACAUAUCUAACUAUUCAGAUGCUAGAUAUAUCAUAUAUCACUUGA